AAACUACGGCUGCAGGCCUCAAAGAUGACUACAGGAAAUAUCAGUCUGGCAACGUCCCCGGGAUCACCAGAGACUGGCGUAUUAGAUAUUGCUACCAGAAACAUCAUCGUUCUUUUGUCCUUAACUAUUUUUGGAGGGCUCAUCAGUCUUGUUGGUAUUGUCUUCAAUGCCAUUAACGUAGUGGCCUUUGUUAAACAGGGCUUUAAAGACACGGUGAACAUAACGUUGUUUGGCUUAGCCAUCUCCGAUUUGGGGGUGUUAGUGACCUUUCUGUGGGGAGGCAUCUGCUAUAACCCUCUGUUCAUAAAUUCGGGUCAUUCUUUUGACCCUGACGGCUUAUGUUAUCUAACAUGCGGGUGGCCUAGUGUUUGUUUUGCCAGAAUCACAAGUUGGAUCACAGCUUUUGUCACAUUUGAGAGGUGUAUGUGCAUUGCCAUGCCUCUCAAAGUGAAAACAAUCAUAACCCCGAAACGUACAGUCUUCGUUGUCGUUGGAAUAUUUUUGACUAUGUUUGCUAAUGUCGUGCCAGUGUAUUGCUCAAUUAGCCUGGGCCCUACUUUCUUUCGAGAACUGAAUAAAACAAUGAUAGGAAUGGUGUUCAUACCUAAUGGCGAAACAAUCGAAAAAGUUGCACUUUCUAUCAGUAUUUUCUCCCAAUUUGCUUCUUUCUUCGUGGUUAUCGUCUGCACCGUAGUUCUUAUCCUGAACCUGAUACGCAAAUCUAAAUGGCGGCAGUCGACGUCAAGCUCUGCCAAGCAGAAAUCUGUUUCAAACAGAGACAAGAAAGUGGUGAAGAUGAUUCUAUCCAUUUCGAUUAUAUUCAUCGCUUGCUUUUUACCUAGUGGAGUUAACUUCAUUGUAAUUUUUUUCUUGCCUGAAUACAAAGUAACUGGUAAAUACCAAAACCUGUUUAUAUCAACAUGGUGUCUGUGUAAAGCACUAGGAACGUUAAAUUCCUCCGUGAAUAUUUUUGUGUAUUAUAACAUGAGUUCGAAGUUCAAGGAAAUCGUUGAUAAAAUGUUUCCAGGAAUAGUAGGGAAAAAAGAAACGAAGAAGAUAUCCAAUGGUCCGUGAUUGUUUACCACUUCAAACGACCAAGUGGGAUUACUUUUGGACCGUUCAAGGGGUUGAUUGAAGUGACGUAUCCUUCAUUUUACAAUAAUUGUAUCUUGUAGAACGCGAUAUGUUGUAGGAUUUCCCUCUGGGACAAUAAAGUAUUAUUUAUUCUUAGGAUAACACUCGGCUUUAGAAAGUGGAGAUAGACAUUGAAAUGCGUAUCUUAUAAAUCAUUUGUUUUUCAAAAAGUAUAAGGCUGAUGAAAUCUUCUUAAUAAUUGUCUUUUUUCCAUAUGUUCUGUGUUCUUUAGUAUCCCUGCUAAAACAAACUGACGCUAAGUAAAUGCAAUAUGUGUAACCCUCUCAUUCCCCCUCACUAAAAGAUAUCAGCCAUUUUCGUGAACAUUAAAUAA